AUGCUUGGAGGCCCGGCGGGGACAUGCUUCCGGUGGACUGCCGAUGGGCUUGACUUAUCCCCGGUCUUACUAAACAGGGCCCGAUCCCUUGCCGCAGAACAUGCUACACUCUCCGCAAAACAGACCGAGUCCUUUGAGAGGGCAGCCGCAAAGCGGGUUGGGGAGCUUGCGCCAGUCGCUAAAGCUUUAAAGGAUCUGGAUACGGCUAAGGAGUCCAUUGCGGAGCUCCAAGCCCUCAUCGACGAACCGUCCACCGACGCGGAGCUCAAGUCUCUUGCACAAGAGGAUAUAUCAACUACGAUAUUGAACUUAUCCUCGCUAUCGGCAACGCUAAAACGAGCAUUGAUACCUCGCCACCCGUUCGCCGACCUGCCGUGUCUUAUAGAGAUCCGCCCCGGUGCAGGAGGGGAUGAAGCAGGGCUUUUUGCCGCGGAGCUUCUCCGCAUGUACACAUCGUUCUGCUCCAGACGUGGCCUAAGAACAACCGUUAUUAAAAAGGAGUCGGAAGACGCAGUGGGCGCAGGCGCAGAAGAACGGCUUUCAGAGGUUGUCAUGGAAAUCGAAACAGCCGGGAGCUACAACAUCCUACGGACCGAGGCAGGUGUCCACCGUGUUCAGCGCGUACCGGCAACAGAGGCAAAGGGGCGUACACAUACAAGCGCUGUGAGCGUCAUGAUAUUGCCUAGUUUUCCCGAUAACAACCAGGAAGAUAGCCCGCUAAACUUCGACGACCCGAAUUCCGAUUACUAUGUCAACCCUCAAGACGUACAUUCCGAGAAAUUCAGGGCUGGUGGUGCCGGCGGCCAGCAUGUCAAUAAAACGGAGUCUGCAGUGCGCCUCACCCAUGUUCCGACAGGAAUAGUCAUCUCCAUGCAGGAUUCCCGUUCACAACAUGAGAAUCGUCGGAAAGCCUGGCUGCUGCUCCGAGCCAAACUAGCCCAUGCAAGACGAGAAGCUCGAGAGCAAGAGUUGAUGGAGCUGCGCCGCGGUGCCAUGGGUGGUGUUGGCAAGAUGGGCAGAGGAGAUAAGAUCCGCACUUACAACUUUACCCAAAGCCGAUGUACGGAUCACCGAAGCGGUAUGACUGUUCACAGUAUCGGAAAGGUCAUGGAUGGCGGCGAUAAUCUUGAAAAGAUCAUGGAGAGCGUUCAGGGUUGGCUUGUAGACCAGGAAGUUGAAGGCCUGUGUCUCGAGGAGCAGGCCGCAACCGCUCAAGGCAAGUCUGCCCGGAAGGCCUCAGCAUGA